UGAAGGUGGGGUUUGCGCCCGCUUGGGGCAGUCAAUCUUCCAAUGAUCAGGACUCCCACACGUAGGGCACGGAUUAAGAGGCUUGUGCUAUGAACGGUUCGGACAAUCGCCCGCAGCAUGUCCCCUCUGCCUACAAAUGAUACAUUUCACGUAGGCCUUCCGUUCCUCCAUGGGCGCAGUGCAAUCGACAUCCCAAUGAUUCCAACGGCCGCACUGGCGGCAGGGGUGUUUUGGUUUGAUGUGACUCCUGUCAGGACAGUCGUAUAUCCAGUGAUCAGGACUACCGCACGCAGUGCACGGCUUCGGAGGCUUAUGCUGCGCUCGGUUGGGACAAUCGCGCGUAGAAUGUUCCUUCUCCCCACAAACGAUACAUCCCCUGCGAUGUGCCUUCGUAAUGGGUGCAAUGCAAUCGACCUUCCAAUGAUCCAUGCUACCGCACAGGGGGCAGGGACUUUUUGGUUUGAUGUGAGCCUUGUCAGGACAGUCAACCAUCCGGUGAUCAGAACUACCGCAGGCAGGACACGGCCUCGAAGGUUUAUGCCGUGCUCCCUUGGAAGCUUUAUUUUUGGUCAUGAUAACGUCGGACACCGCAUCGACCGUGGCCUUUCCAGCCGGACUGUUCUCCGUAAUAGCAGAACUAGCGUCUGCGUCUGGGGCUGCAGAAGAUGAAAAACGAGACGACGGUGCAAUAGUAGAUGGUUGACCUGGGUUGGAGUCAACGGAUAGGCCUGGA